AUGUACAAGAAAAGGAAGACAGCUUUGAUGAAGGCAACUUCAAACUUGUUCUUGGAGGAAAUUAAUAGUGAGGAGAAAAAACAUUUUGAGUCUUUCAUUAACCAACUGGGAGCUGAUAAUGUUUUUGAAGACAAGUCAGAAAUCUGGAAGAUCUGGGUGCAGCUCUGGGAGGCAGAACCAAACCUACUGGGAAAUCUGAAGGAGUUCUUGGCUAAAAUGACACAUUUGAUCAAGGAAGCUAAGCAUGAAAAAGAGAAGAUACAGUUACUCCUGAAAAUACAAAUACCUGAUCACAAUAAGAAGGUGCAGAAGCUAUAUGAGGAAAUGGAGCAGCAAAUUGAGAGAGAGAAACAAAAACUGCAGCAUGAGAAUAAAGCCAGAAGCCAACUGCAUUACAUGGAGAUGCAGCAAGAAUUGGAUGGUAGAGAACAGGACAUUCAGCAUUCCCUUAUUGUUCAGAAAGAGCUUGAAGCUCAGUUGCUCAGGCUCAAGGAGAAACAAUUGGUGACCAGCACCCAAACCCAGCAGCUGCAACAAAUCAAGAGCAGCCUUGAAAAUCAGCUCCAGCAAACCCACCAUCAGCUUCAAAAGACUGAAAGGUGCCUGGAUGUCAUGAAGGAGAGACUAUCCCAACUGUACAGUGAAGACAGGGCAUCUGAUGAUGUGACAUCAGUGACUGAAGCUGAUGUAAAAUCCAGUAGAAGAAUGAUUUCCACUGAAGAGGACCCUUUGAUAGAGCCAUUUGUAGAUGAAGAGGAUUACUUUCCACAGGAGUCUUUAGAUACAAUUUCUUUGUUUAAAGAGUUGAAUGAUGCUAUUGCAGCACAGAACAAAAUGUCUGAACCCCAUUAUCAAGAAAUAGAUGGUUUUGGUUUUCAGCAAGAGUCCUUGGAUCAUACUAAAUAUCGUGAAAAUUCUCAACAAAAUAUAAUGCCUCUGUCUCCAAUAAAAGGAUGCUCAACAAACUAUACUGUACAAAACAGAAUGUCUGAAGUGGCUAUAUCAGAAGCAGGAGAUCGUUUUAGAGAAGGAUCAGUUCCUGUACAAGAUCUGGAGACGAAGAAAGCUAAUUUUUCUAAAACCAGAAAGGAAGUCAAAACUACAGAGCCUACACUGAGAGAAAGGUUUGCUUCCAUGAUUCAACCUUUUGUUUAUUCAGACUUGGCAAUGCAGGUCAGUGCCUACAAGAAAUGCCCAAUAGAAAGUGAGAUUCUAGUUUUAGAAGGGGUAACACAACCUGAACAUAAGAAGAAAACUUUAAAAUACAAUGAUACCAUUCAGGUUCCACAAUUAUCCACUGAAGCUGUGGCAAACCAGUCUGCAAAAAUGAAAAUUCUAGACAGAAAGGUAUCUCAACCCCAACAAUCUCUACUGAAAAAUGUGCCAUCAGAGUAUUUUCUGCCCAAGGUGGCUCUACCCAAAUUACAUGCAGGGCAUAAUCCAAGCAGUCAUGUACAAAAUAUGUUUGGAACAGGAAUGGACACAGAACUUGCUGAAAGACUAGAGAUGUACUCAUCAGAAGGCAGAAGAGAAGGAUGGAUUGGUCCAUCUGAGUGUAAGAAGAAUCAAGAGGUCAGUGCAGAAUUUAAUGAAGAAACCAGUGUUAGAAAAGAAGUUUGUGAUUGCCAAAUGAAUAAAGAAACUUCUAAAGACACGGCCAUUCUCUCUUCUCAUCCAGAUCACUUUUAUAAUGUGCUAUUUGUAGGAGCCUCUAAUGUGGGCAAAACUUCCUUUUUAAACAAGUUGCAAAAUGAUUCUUUUGAAGCAAAAGUGACUGCAACUAUAGGAAUUGACUAUCGGAUCAAAAACCUGAUUUUGGAUAGCAAAUGCUUUGCUUUACGUCUGUGGGACACAGCUGGGCAAGAAAGAUAUCACAGUGUCACCAAGCAGUUUUUCCGAAAGGCUGAUGGAGUUGUUUUGAUGUAUGACAUUACCUCAGAAUACAGUUUUACAGAUGUGCGGUACUGGCUGAACUGUGUCCAGGAAGGAGCUGGAGCUGGAGUCGUUGUCCUUCUGCUUGGUAACAAAACAGACUGUAGUGUGGAAAGGAAAGUAUCUGUAGAGAAUGGAGCAUACUUGGGCAAGGUGUAUGGACUUCCAUUUUACGAAUGCAGUGCUGCUUCAGGUUACAAUGUCACAGAAUCCAUAGUACAGUUAAUCAGGUUGAUGAAAGCUCAGGAAGACCAAUUAAAAAAGAAGGCUCUAGAUUUGCCACUGCAACUUAAAAAUAAGAGAAGUUGUUGUUUAUAAAGUGGAAAAGACUAAUGACUAUUGAUCCUUGUGUCCACUGCAUGAUUGUGUAUAUUGUUUGCCCUCUUGAAUAUGGACUGGGUCCAAUUUGUAUAGUUCAAGAAGUUUUGCCACUUAGAU